AUGAAGAAGUAUUUUACCCCAAUAUCGAAAUCAAGUUUAGCCUCUCAUAGUCAUAGUCAAUCUAACCAAGAAGAAAAUGUCAAUCAUUCUGAAGUACCAUCACAUUCUUCUCAAGAAUUUGAUUUGAGUACUUUAAAGUUUGAUCCCGGUGAAAGAACUCCAAUAUUGAAUUAUCAUCCAAAUCAUCGUGAUGUUAUUAGAAGGGCAUACCUUGUGAAUGGUCCUUGUCAACCUCGCUUGGAGGUGCAUGAGUACCCUCAAACAAAUAUUUCUGGAGCAAUACGUCGUUUUAAUCAUGAAUGGUUUGAUGAUGUAUAUCAUGAUUGGUUGGAGUACAGUGUUAGUAAAGAUGCAACCUAUUGUUUGUAUUGCUAUCUAUUUAAAGAUCAUAAUAUUAAUCAAGGUGGAGGUGAAGUAUUUUUAUGUACAUGGUUUAAGAAUUGGAAUAAAAAGAGUGGUCUUAACAAGCAUAUUGGUCUGCAGAAUAGCCCACAUAAUCGAUCAAAAAAGAAAUGUCAGAAUUUACUACGGCAACAACAAUCGAUUCAAUCUGCAUUUGAGAGACAAUCUAAUCAAAUUAAACAUGGAUAUUAUAUCCGCUUAAGUGUUUCGGUUGAUGUAGUAAGACUUCUCAUAACUCAAGGACUUGCAUUUCGAGGUCAUGAUGAAUCUAAAUCAUCACUUAGUAGGGGUAAUUUUCUUCAGAUUAUCUCAUGGUAUGCAGAAAGAUGUGAUAAAAUUCGUGAUUAUGUAUUUGAACAUGCCUCUCAAAAUGAUCAAAUGACUUCUCCAAUAAUUCAAAAAGAUAUUGUGACUACAUGCAAGAUAGAAACAGUUAAAGCUAUUCUCGAGGAACUAAAUGGUGACUACUUUGCCUUACUAAUUGAUGAAUCUUUUGAUAUUUCACGCAAGGAGCAAAUGGCUAUUGUAUUACGAUAUGUUGAUAGAAUGGGAUUCGUGAUGGUGCGACUUAUUGACAUUAUUCAUAUUCAAGAUACUAGUGCAUUAUCCUUGAAAGAGACAAUUAUUAAUUUACUUGCUCAACAUUCUUUGAGUCCAUCACGUGUGCGUGGAGAAUGUUACGAUGAGGCAAGCAAUAUGCAAGGUGAGCGUAUGGAUGAUUUACGAGAUUCUCAAAAAGCAACAAUUCAAGAUGCAUUAGAUAUGGGUGAAUUGACAACCGAUAGGGGCUUGAAUCAACAACUUGGUCUUUCAAGAGCUUGUGAUACUCGUUGGGGAUCUCAUUAUAAAUCCUUUAACAAUUUUAUUCUUAUGUUUGGCUCUAUUGUUGAAGUUCUUGAAUCACUUGCUCUUGAUGCACGAAGUAUGGAUAAAAGAGCCAAGGCAAUGGGACAUCUUGAAUCUUGUCAAACAUUUGAGGUUGCGUUCAUGUUGCAUUUGAUGAGAGAUGUAUUAGCAAUCACAAAUGAACUCAAUAAAUGCUUACAAAGAAAGGAACAAGAUGUUGCAAAUGCCAUGCUACUUGUUGAAGUAGCAAAGAAAAGGUUCUCUUUAAAAUCACGGCGAAGACUUGCUCACUAUAUAGUCUUAUAUCAUUACCGUGUUGAAGUGUUUUGCAAUAUUAUUGAUUGGCAACUUCAAGAGCUUAAUGAUCGUUUUAACGAGGAAUCUACUGAUUUGCUCCAUGGAAUUGCUUGUUUGAAUCCAAUUAACUCGUUUUCAAGUUUUGACAGCAAAAAAAUAAUGAAGAUGGCUGAAUUAUAUCCAGAUGAUUUUGAUGAAUUUAAUAUGGAUACUCUUGACACUACAAGAAAAUUAGCUAUUAGCGAAGAGAAAUUCGAUCCCUAA